GCCUGAACAAGUGUUCAGUACAAAUCGAUAACUGCACGGGGAAGGGAUACAAAAACAAGGAAUACUAUCGAGCUAGUUGCGUAUUUUGGUCUGCUGUAAUUACGCACAACCGUAAUACCGUGCGCGCGCAGCUUAGCCAGCAUCACACAACGAAGGAUAUCUUUUUCCUUGAAUAUUAUUCCAGUGUUGAUAUCAUCUUUUCCCACACUUUUCUGCGUGUGACUGUGAUAACUGUAAACAUGCUUUUGAGACGAUUGUGACAGUAACGUUUUCAAGAGAAAUUGCACAUGUGGGUGUAUACAAUGUGGUCGGGAUUUUUCGGAAGCCGAACUCGAUCACCCUGUAAUAACCGGGAUGGAUGUGGUACCUUUUCGCCAGAUGCAUCGUCUGUGAAGAAGGAUACCAUCGUAUCAGUGCGACCCAACUUCUGGAGCCCAGCUCAAGUGGAAACCGCCGUGGCUAGCAGCGUUGCACCGGUAGCCCAGCAGGAUGUCUCCAGCUCCAGAAACGGCUCGCCACUGACCGAGCCUGAAAGCGAUCUCCGCCCCGAAACGUCCUCUUCCGGAACCCAUUUCUUUCCGUCUUUCAGUCUUGAGCACUGCCGUAAAUUAUCCAGUAAUAUUGACUUUUUUCGUGCAUUUCCGAAACGACCGCACACGAUUCCGGUCAGUAUGGGCGAAGCGUCUCCGGAGCUCUCCUUACAGGGAAUUAACGGGGCUACAUUGUCGGAAAAGCCUAAUCACAAUGCAGCAGAAGAAACACUGUCACCAUCCCAAAUAAUUCUUACCGGCAUGAAUGUAUCGACCACAACUGUUACGCAAACUUCCGUAAUGCAAACUGUAAAUGCACCGGCCGACAAAAUAUCGUCCACUUCUCCCGGAUCCAUUCAGUUGCCCAGCACUAGUCGGGAAGAUGCGAGUGGAUAUCAUGGAUGGUUCCGGCAUGCAUGGGAAGCAUCGAUAUCAUGCAUCACUCCAAUUGUUUCAAAAUGGCCUCUCAUUGCAAAACAAAAGGCCAGCCAAGAUCCUUGGGAAAUACCAUUCGAACGGAUCCAAGAUCUUCAGUGGCUUGGAAGUGGGGCACAAGGAGCAGUAUUUCUUGGCAAAUAUAACGGCCAACCAGUGGCAGUCAAGAAAGUCAAGUCGCUUGCGGAAGUAGAGGACGUCAAACCACUCCGUAAACUCAGCCAUGUCAACUUGGUGGCUUUUAAAGGCGUUUGCACCCAACCUCCUUGUUAUUGUUUGGUAAUGGAGUAUUGCCAGUAUGGACCAUUGUACGAUCUGAUUCAGGAGGAUAAAAGAAUUCCACCUCCAUUAGUUGCUGUCUGGUCGCAUCAAAUUGCCUGCGGCAUGCAGUAUCUUCAUAUGAACAAGAUUAUUCACCGUGACCUUAAAUCACCAAACGUUUUGGUAUGCGAUACCCAUUUGGUUAAGAUCUCCGAUUUCGGUACGAUGCGGCCUUGGGCGGAAGACCAGAAGAGCAUGCAGAUGUCAUUCGCCGGUACUGUAGCAUGGAUGGCCCCUGAAGUCAUUCGCAAUGAGCCGUGCACGGAGAAAAUCGAUAUCUGGGCGUACGGCGUCAUCUUAUGGGAACUGCUGGUCGGUCUGCAUCCCUAUCCGGGCUUGGAUUCGACAUCCAUAAUAUGGGGCGUCGGAAGUGAGAAGCUCCUCGGUCUACCAAUUCCGCCAUCCAUGCCAGACGGUUUCCGACUGCUGCUGACGCAGUGCUGGGCAAACAAACCACGCAAUCGUCCAUCGUUUCACCACAUUCUUCUGCAUCUGCAAAUUGCAGCCGGCGAGCUGACUAACAUGCCCGAAGCAGCGUUCUAUAAUUCACAGCAGGAUUGGAGAGAUCUUGUCCAUACCGAAAUAAAAAAUUUUCGAAUAAAGAGCAGUCAAAGCUCCGCGUUUACUAAGCAGAAAAAUCAGCAGCAGCGCCGACGGAAGCGCAACGAAGCGAUGAUGGCGGACGGGUUUGUCGAAGAACUGUACACGCUGCACAAACGCCGACAGGAAGAACUGAAACAUGCCGAAGAGAUUCGCAUCCACUAUGAGAAGAAACUGGAGAGGAUUAAUAAGCUCUAUCUGGAUUUGACUACCUGUUCGCUGCAACUGGAGCAGCGCGAGCGAGAUGUCCGCAAACGAGAAAAACUGGUGGAGAAGAUUCUAGGCAAGCCGUUGCCGGGACCAACCGAACGGAAAUCUCGCAAGCGCAUAUUCGAAUCGGUUAAAAAAGCCGGCUUGGAGCUGAUCAAUCCCCGCACGUCGGCCAGUUUAGAAACCACCCGUCAAGUGACCAUUACGCAAAUUAAAAGCACGGGCAAAUCAGCUACGCUGCCGAUGGAUUACGCAAUUUGGACCGCCGAAGAAAGUUCGGAAGUGUUGACCGAUACCGAGCACAACGAGGAAGACCACGGUGAGGAUGCAGAGGAAGCGGAAAAUGAAGAUGGGGAAAAUAAAACGGAAAGGACCAACCGCCCACCGCCGCUGACAUUAAAAACCGAUUCCAUUGACCCGGUCAGUUCACUGCGAUCCACCGAAAAGAACCAUCCAAAGUUAAGUCCGGAUCUAUGUAAAGGCCUACCGAAGCGGACGCCAUCCGACACACUGGGCCACGUGUUCCGCUUGUCCAUGCGGAAGGAUCGCUCGUGUCAGUGUAAUCUGUACGAAGAAGCACUGAACGGCCGAGCGUCGUCGUUCGAUAAAGGUCCCCUUAAUUCCCUCCGUUGUGAAGAUGUUAUGGAAACUUCCACAGAGUCGGAAAUGUACUCCACUCCGCCGGUUCCCCUUUUAGCUGCUAAUUCUUCAAUGGCCUCACAUUCUGAUUACCGCGCACAAACGCCCGCUUCGCGAUCGUCCUCCAGCAGCUCCGAAAUGGAUCCCAAUGACAGCGAAGAGGAACCGGAUCCCAGUUUGAACGAUCUGUCCGACAGCGAUUGUGACAGCAAGGAAAAUGAUGAUGCCUUUCUGGAUGAUGUUGGGUUUGAUCGGCAUUCGGUUUUCGAUUCCAGCGAAUAUCUGCACGAGCACGCCCAUCAGCCGACCGGCUUGCACAGGGGCAUACUGAUGCAUCGGUCACGAGAAAUGGAAAGGUCACGUUCGACUUCUUCCCAACAAGACACGGUGACUCUGACUAUGCACCAGUCUACGCCCAAUUUAAAGGAUGCAGUAUCCAUCUCAGAGUCUCUCGAUGACCACGUGGUCAACCAUGAAAGGCGAGCCAGUUCCAGUGAAGUGGAACGAUCCGAUGUGGGACCCAAGAGAUUUGUUUUUGCCCACAGUAUGCCCGAAAGUCAAGUGUGAUUUAUGUAUUUCCUUCGAAAAUUACCUUUAUUAGAUACUCACGUUCCUACCUUACAAACGAGUAUUUUUUACAUUUUCCAAUAUAAAAGUUUUACUUGUUGAUCUCCUCGCGUUUUCGCGUUAGGAUUUUCUGGCGUUUUGUGAAACGUCUGAUGAUUCAUGGUUGCACGUACUUCCCCAAGUACGCGAUACUUUCCGAAAUUACGCUUUUUAUUGUUGCACAGUUUUGGAGUAAUAUUGUUUCGUUGAGCAAAUAAUAAAGUU